UCCGCGCUGAAGGGGACGCGGCCCGUCUGGUUCUCGGUCAUAUGUCGGGGCUCCUGGUGCUCGCAGCGGCGGUUCGCGGUUCCACAGACAGAGUUCAGAGUUCGAGCAGCGGGUUGUCCGGGUCAGCUGAAGCCCCCCAGCAGCGGAGAGGAUGCCGGCGGUGUCUAAAGGGGACGGGAUGCGCGGACUGGCCGUGUUCAUCUCCGACAUCAGGAACUGUAAAAGUAAAGAGGCCGAGAUAAAGAGGAUAAACAAGGAGCUGGCAAACAUCCGCUCCAAAUUUAAAGGAGACAAGGCGUUGGACGGCUACAGUAAAAAGAAGUAUGUCUGCAAGCUGCUCUUCAUCUUCCUUCUGGGCCACGACAUCGACUUCGGGCACAUGGAGGCCGUCAACCUCCUGAGCUCCAACAAGUACACGGAGAAGCAGAUCGGUUACCUCUUCAUCUCAGUGCUGGUCAACUCCAACAGCGACCUGAUCCGCCUCAUCAACAACGCCAUCAAGAACGACCUCGCCAGCCGCAACCCCACCUUCAUGAACCUGGCUCUGCACUGCAUCGCCAACGUGGGCAGCAGAGAGAUGGCGGAGGCGUUCGCCUCGGAGAUUCCCAGAGUCUUAGUGGCCGGGUUUGUUCUCAAACACGUUUUAGCCUCGAGCGGCUCCUUUAAUAUCAGUUUGUUUGUGUUGGUCAUGAAUCUGUUCAGGGUCAGCUGUGGGCGCCGCCGGUCACGNGUCGUCCAUCUGCUGAACGAUCAGCACCUGGGCGUGGUGACGGCAGCCACCAGCCUCAUCACCACUCUGGCCCAGAAGAACCCGGAUGACUUUAAGACCUCCGUGUCGCUGGCGGUGGCCCGGCUCAGCAGGAUCGUGACGUCGGCGUCCAUCGACCUGCAGGACUACACGUACUACUUUGUGGCGGCCCCGUGGCUGUCCGUCAAACUGCUGCGCCUGCUGCAGUGCUACCCUCCUCCAGAGGACGCCGCGCUGAGAAGUCGUCUCACCGAGUGUUUGGAGACCAUCCUCAAUAAAGCCCAGGAACCUCCGAAGUCCAAGAAGGUCCAACACUCCAACGCCAAGAACGCCGUUCUGUUUGAAGCCAUCGCCCUCAUCAUCCACCAUGACAGCGAGCCCACCCUGUUGGUGCGAGCCUGUAACCAGCUGGGCCAGUUCCUCCAGCACAGAGAAACCAACCUCCGCUACCUGGCGUUGGAGAGCAUGUGCACGCUGGCCAGCUCCGAGUUUUCCCACGAGGCCGUGAAGACGCACAUGGAGACUGUGAUCAACGCUCUGAAGACGGAGAGAGAUGUGAGCGUUCGCCAGCGCGCCGUGGAUCUGCUCUACGCCAUGUGCGACCGCAGCAACGCCAAGCAGAUCGUGGCAGAGAUGCUGAGCUACCUGGAGACCGCCGACUACUCCAUCAGAGAGGAGAUAGUGCUCAAAGUGGCGAUCCUGGCGGAGAAGUACGCUGUGGACUACACCUGGUACGUGGACACCAUCCUGAACCUGAUCCGCAUCGCUGGGGACUACGUCAGCGAGGAGGUCUGGUACCGCGUCAUCCAGAUCGUCAUAAACCGAGACGACGUCCAAGGUUACGCCGCCAAGACCGUGUUUGAGGCGCUGCAAGCCCCCGCCUGCCACGAGAACCUGGUGAAGGUGGGCGGGUACAUCCUGGGGGAGUUCGGUAACCUGAUUGCUGGUGACUCGCGCUCCAGCCCUCUGGUCCAGUUCAAUCUCCUCCACUCCAAGUUCCACCUGUGCUCUGUGCCGACUCGGGCGCUGCUGCUGUCGGCGUACAUCAAGUUCAUCAACUUGUUUCCAGAAGUGAAAGCCACCAUCCAGGACGUCCUGCGCUCCGACAGCCAGCUUCGCAACGCAGACGUGGAGCUCCAGCAGAGAGCCGUCGAGUACCUGAGGCUCAGCUGCAUCGCCAGCACCGACAUCUUGGCCACCGUCCUGGAGGAAAUGCCGCCGUUCCCGGAGAGGGAGUCCUCGAUUCUGGCCAAGCUGAAGAAGAAGAAAGGACCCGGAAAACUGCCAGACAUGGACGACAGUCGCCGCAGCGUGAACGGCAGCACGGAGCACAGCGAGAACAGCGACACCACGAACAAGAGCUCCGCCCACUCUUUUACGGAUGUCCUGAAUCUAAACUCCGCCCCCUCAUCAGGAGCCAAUCUGCUCAUCGACGUGUUUUCCGAGAGCUCCGCCCCCCCUGCAGCCACAGAGGUAUCGGAGGAGAACUUCCUCAGGUUCGUUUGUAAGAACAACGGCGUGAUCUACGAGAACCAGCUGUUACAGAUCGGGCUGAAGUCUGAGUACCGGCAGAACCUCGGUCGCGUGUACGUGUUCUACGGGAACAAGACGUCCACCCAGUUCCUCAGCUUCUCCUCCUCCGUGAGCAGCAGCGACGCGCUCAAGUCUCAUAUCCUUUCAUGACAAACCUCGUAAUUCUGC